AGUGAUCUCGUCCGCCAACUGGUCGGGUUUAGCGAAAACUGUUUCCAACUAAAAUGGGAUUGGCGUAGUUUAAGUGACCUCCAAGAUAAAACCAUUUUUGUGAAGAGGACGGCACCCAGUGAGAGACAGGAAGACGGCGAUGUGCAAGGUGGCGCAGUUGUCCCCGCUGCUGUUCCUCCUCGGAGUCCACCUGGUACCCAGCUCCGGCGACAGACACGACAGCUGCCGCCACACCCCUCAAGCCCUUGACAUCAUCGAGCGACUACAGAGCACCAUCCACCCACAGAUGCCCUUCCCUCAGGGUUCCCGCUACCCCAACCACCUGUACUCCCCGGUGCCCGCCAUGUGCCCCCAGCUGGCUCCGCUCAGUGAUGAGAUCAACCUCCAGUCUCUGUGUCCCUGGGAAUACUAUGAAAACCACGACGAAAACAGGUACCCUCACAAUAUCAUCUACGCCAACUGCACAUGCGCGUACUGUAUCGGAAACAACUACCUGUGUCGCCCGGUUUACCACAGCAUCCCCGUUAUAAAGCAGGUAUGUCGGAACGGCGUGUAUGACUUUCACUGGGACAAUGAACACAUCCCAGUCGGCUGCACGUGCUCGCACCCAGGUCCAAGAAGAAAGAAGUGGUAUUUUCUUUGAAGUGAAUAAAUAGUUUUUCAUCCC